UACUACACUAUGGCAACCCUACGGUCGGCCAUAGUGGAUAUCAGUGAAUGAAAACAAGACUAUUCUUCGAUGUUGUGAAUUUGAAUGUAUUUUUUAUCGUUUAUUUACCGAAAUAGAGCGAUAAUCCGCUUUGGAUGAGCUCAUUUGUGCAUUCAAGUCCCUUAAUAAAUGCUUAAAAUAGUGCAAAUGUGCUUGGAUUGAAAGAAAUUCAAAUUAUUUCGAACAAACGGUGUUGUGUCUGUGAACUCCUGUAUAACAUCAACAGUAAUCGAAGCUGAUCUUUCUGCACUAAUUUCAGGAACAAGGGAUUUGCGAAUCAAGACUUCUGAGAAGAAGUGGUGUGUAAAAUCCAAACUGAAAUCCGUUGGACACCACUUUAAAAUGGCUGAACAUUCCCGAAACAGGCUCGCCUUAAAUAUAUAAGAAAUUUGCUUUGUUCCAACUACUGACGAAAACCUUUGGUUCGAUUGCCUAAGCACAUCUAAUCCGAGAUGGAUCCCUUGUGGUUUCAUUUAAUAACUACUGCUGCGCUCAUCUCUUGUGCCUAUGUCGCAUGCGAUUCUACCGAUGAUUUCUCUCACAGAGAGUACGUCAAAUAUUUAACAAAUCCGCCUCGCAUAGAAACAUUUCCUCAAGACCAGACUGUUGCCAGUGGUGGCAUUGCAGUGUUUGUUUGCACUGCCAUUGGAAACCCAAAUCCUCAAAUUGAAUGGCGAAAGAAUGGCAAGAGAGUAACAACCCAAAGAUAUGCAGCUAUAGAUAUGCCCAAUGGCUCAGUGCUUAGAAUUGAACCUGUCAGAGCUGGCAGAGAUGACGCCACCUAUGAAUGUGUUGCUGAAAAUGGUGUUGGGGAACCUGUAAGAGCAUUGGCUGACCUCAUUGUGCUACCGGAGAAUGCUUUACCGCCUGGAUUUCCCACUUUUGUUCGGCAGCCCAACAUGCAAGGCAUUGAAAAGGGCCGAAGUGCUCUUCUCCCAUGCCAGGCAGAGGGUGAUCCAGAACCCAAUAUCAGGUGGUUAAAAAACAUGAUACCCUUGGAUAUGACAAUACCUCGAUACUCUUUGGUACAAGGAUAUUCUUUACAAAUAUCUGAUGCCGAAGAGGAAGACCAGGGUAAUUAUGAAUGCAUGGCUGAAAAUUCUCUUGGCUCAGCAUUGUCUGUCAUGGCAACACUGUUUGUCAGAGUGAGGAGAGUUCCACCUUACUUCUCUAUUCGUCCUGAAAAUCUUUAUGAAGUGAUGCCUGGAAGUUCAUUGAAUAUCACUUGUGUAGCUGUUGGUUCCCCAAUGCCAUUUGUGAAGUGGAGAAAGGGUCUCGUUGAUAUCACUCCUGAUCACACUAUUCCCAUUGGAAGAAAUGUUCUGGUGCUUACUGAUAUAACCGAUUCUGCUAACUACACUUGCAUUGCUGCCUCUAAACUUGGCACCCUCGAAACCACUGCUCAGGUUGUCGUACAAGCACUUCCAAGACCUCCAACAAAUGUUCGAAUAUCAGAUGUGACUGCAACGUCUGUUCGCUUAUCAUGGUCAUACGAUAUAGGUUCAGAAAAUAUUAUUUAUUAUGUCAUACAAUAUAAACCAAAACAAGCUAACCAAGAAUAUAGCGAAAUAAGUGGUAUUACUACAAUGUUUUAUACUGUACGUGACCUGAGCCCAUAUACAGAGUAUGAAUUCUAUGUUAUUGCUGUAAAUGGUAUUGGAAGAGGCUCCCCAAGUACUCCUGUUGUUGCUACUACAGGCGAAACAGAACCUGGUAGUGCACCCAGAAAUGUUCAAGCUAGACCCUUAAGUUCCAGUACUGUUGUUAUUCAGUGGGAUCCACCUAAAGAACCCAAUGGGCAAGUGACGGGUUAUAAAGUGUAUUACACUACACGGCCGAAUCUUCCCACAUCAGCCUGGAAUACUCAGCCUGUAGAUAAUAAUCAAUUAACUACCAUUAGUGACCUUACUCCCCAAACCAUAUACACCAUACGCAUCCAAGCCUUUACUAGCCGGGGACCUGGACCCCAUUCAGCCCCUGUACAAGUCAAAACUCAACAAGGAGUACCCAGCCAACCAAGUAACCUGCGAGUAGUCGCUACAUCCUCAACUACUGUACAGGUGACUUGGUCUAAACCCUCCCACUCCGGUGAGAAAGUAAUUGGAUAUGUCCUCUAUUGGAACGACACUUUUACACAACAGCAGUAUCAUCAAAUUAUUGGAGAUCCAACUACUGACUCUUACACAUUAAGCGAUCUUUACCCUGAUACACUUUACUAUGUAUGGGUAGCUGCACGUUCACGUGAAGGUGAAGGAGCUGCCACGCCACCAUCCCAAGUGCGUACGGAUCAGUAUGUGCCUGGCGCCCCUCCCCAAGACGUUCGCGGCUCUGCCGUUAACUCCCGCUCCCUACACAUCACUUGGAAACCCCCGCCGCGAGAGCAACAGAAUGGUGCCAUCACGUACUAUAAAGUCAAGUAUGCCAAAGUGGACAAUGGAGAUGACCUGGCAAAGGCCCAGGAGAUCCGCGUUGAAGCUGACCAGCUGUCUUAUCAAAUUGGAGCAUUGGAUAAGUGGACAGAGUAUAGAAUAUGGGUCAUUGCUGGAACAGAAGUGGGUGAUGGGCCUCCGUCCAUGCCCAUAAUUGUACGCACUGAUGAAGAUGUGCCUGGUGAACCCAGGGCAGUAAAAGUAGUCGCUAUUAAUAGCACCACCAUAACUGUACGCUGGAAGCCACCCGCUAAUAAAGACCGUAACGGCUUGAUACGAGGCUACCAAAUUCACGUACAGGAAGUGACCAACGAAGGAGACUUUGUGAAUGAGCCGAAGAGAUAUGAUGUAGCCGAUGAAAAUGCAGAGGAAUAUAAUGUCACCAAACUACAACCUGAAACAUUGUAUGCUGUGCAAGUUGCUGCUGUCACGAGGAAAGGAGAUGGAACUCGCAGCAAGGUCAAAACACAAAAAACUUCGGGUGGAGUGCCUACUCGUCCAGAACUUACUGCUCAACUCAUUCAAGAAGAACCUAAUCUUGUUGCUCAAAUUCAAUGGUCCCGCCCAACCAACAUUUAUGGCCAGUUGAUGAGCUACAAAUUACGCUUUGGCCGCUCAGAUACACAGCAGAUGGAUGAGAGAACAAUUAAUCCUGGCGAUCAAAUACAUCAGAUUCCCAAUUUAGAUCGAGGAGCCCGAUAUGAGUUUUAUUUGUCAGGGAAAAAUAAUGUUGGCUGGGGCCAAGAAGCUUAUACAUAUCUUGAUACUCCUGAAGGAGUACCAACUGCACCACCUCAAAACUUGUCCCGAAGAUUACAGAGUCCAACUGGUGUUGUAAUUACAUGGUCACCACCUGUUCAGCAAUUCAGAAAUGGACGUAUUACUCAUUACAGUAUAAAGUUCCACAAAGUAUCUGAUGGUUCAGUUACAGAACGCAAUACAACUGAAACACGCAUGGUCUUUAGUAAUUUGGAUGAAAAUACUGAAUAUGCUUUCCAAGUAUGUGCGUACACUAGUAAAGGGGGUGGUCCCUGGAGCCCCCGAAUGACUGUUCAGACUCCGGGGGAUGUACCGCCAGCCCCCACAAGUGUUCAAGCAGUUGCAACAUCUGAUCAGUCUGUUGAAGUAUGGUGGGAUCAAGUUCCAUAUUUUCUGGACAUUUUAGGAUAUGAAGUUUUGUACAUUCAGGAUCCUGUAGAAGAUUUAGACAAGUGGAGUAACAAAAGUGUCCCGUUAACAUGGUCUGCAGAAUUAACAGGGUUAGACAGUCACGCAAUGUAUGCCAUUCGAGUUGCAGCCAGAUCCCGUCAGAACCUGGGUAGACUGUCAGAAUUGAUCACAGUUCGAGUGGCUCCAACAGAUGUCCCUACUCAAUUAAGAGCACAAGAUGUAACUACUCAUAGUAUGGCUCUGUCUUGGAGAAGACCAUCAAAGUUAGAUCCUAUAAAAUACAAAAUCUCUUAUGGUGCUCAUAAAGAGUUUUAUGACAGUCAAGGUCAUUUGCAAAAGUUACCCAUUCCUACUCAGACUGUAUUUGUGGAGGCUGAUGUUACAGAAUAUUCAGUGGAUAACUUGAUGCCAUUUACCAGUUACCAAGUGAACAUCACUGCGAUACCACCUGACGAGAGCUUCCGCCCUCCUGCGAAAAUCACUGUUACUACUGCCAUGGCUGCACCGAAACCCAUGGUGAAACCUGAUUCGUUUGGCGUGAAGAAUGGUUGGGAAAUCACUGUCAUUUUACCUAAGGCGUCGGAAGAAUAUGGUCCGAUUAGCCAUUACUUCCUUGUUGUUGUACCUACUGAAGAAGCUUACAGAGAUCCUGGGCAGUUUACUCUUGAAGAGCUUACUGCUACACCUGUUGAUCAAAUAGGCCCUUAUAUUGCUGCCAAAUUCUUACACCGCUCGAUGCCUGAGCUGUUCAGUUUAGGAAAUGGCAAAAUGUUUAAUGGCUAUCAAAAUCGCAGACUUGUUCAUGAUCAAAAAUAUAGCAUAUUUGUUCGAGCUGUUGUUGAUACUCCUCAAAAGAGUCUGUAUACCAGCAGUCCAUUCUCUGAUCCCAUCAGUUUGGACAUGCAGCCUGUUCGAGGUCCAACACCGCCAAUUGUCCCUGGAAUGAUUGAUAGAAAUGAUCUCCCUGACAUGUCUCAGAUCAAUAGUGAUGCUGAUAAAGCUCAAAUUGUGUGGAUAAUUGUACCUGUAAUAGCUUUGAUUGUGCUUACGUUCAUAAUUAUUGCUGUUUUUGUAAUGAAGAGAUGGCAUUGUUACAGGCAUUUCCCUCACCUCCUUUAUAACAGAAGGCGACAACUUGCGAAGACACCCGGAGGAGAGACCACCAUGAAACUGCUGAUGACCACAGCUGAACGAGAACUGCCCACACACCCAACAGAUCCCGUAGAGAUCAGGCGCAUGAACUAUCAGACUCCGGCUAUGAUUAACCAUCCCCCUAUACCAGUCACAGAGCUUGCCAAUCAUUUAGAGAUGUUGAAAGCCAAUGACAACAUGAAGUUCUCUCAGGAAUAUGAGUCGAUUGAACCUGGCCAGCAGUUUACGUGGGAAAAUUCCAACUUAGAAGUGAACAAACCAAAGAAUCGUUAUGCAAAUGUCAUAGCUUAUGACCACAGCCGUGUUGUUUUACAAUCCCUGGACAGCCUACCAGGAUCAGAUUAUGUGAAUGCCAAUUAUUGUGAUGGGUAUCGAAAGCAGAAUGCAUACAUUGCCACUCAAGGACCUCUUCCUGAGACAUUUGGUGAUUUCUGGAGAACGGUUUGGGAACAGAGGAGUGCCACAAUCGUUAUGAUGACCAAGCUGGAAGAGAGGACAAGAAUCAAGUGUGACCAGUAUUGGCCAACACGAGGAACUGAGACUUAUGGAGUAAUGCAGGUCACCUUGUCUGAUGUUCAAGAAGUUGCUACUUAUUGUAUAAGAACCUUGCACAUAUCAAGGAUGAAUCAAAGUGGUGGAGAGAAACGUGAAGUGCGUCAAUUCCAAUUUACAGCCUGGCCAGAUCAUGGUGUUCCCGACCAUCCGACACCAUUUUUAAUGUUUUUAAGAAGAGUUAGGUCUAUGAAUCCACCUGAAUCAGGGCCCAUGAUUGUACAUUGCAGUGCCGGUGUGGGUAGAACAGGUUGCUUCAUAGUGAUUGAUUCCAUGCUUGAGAGACUGAAAAAUGAAAGCACUGUCGAUAUCUAUGGACAUGUCACGUGCCUUAGGGCUCAGCGCAAUUACAUGGUCCAAACUGAAGACCAGUAUGUCUUCAUUCACGAUGCCGUGCUGGAAGCUGUUAUUGCUGGCAGUACAGAAGUUCCUGCACGCAAUCUCUUUGUACACAUUCAGCAGCUGAUGAAUGUCUUGCCUGUUGAAGGUUGCAGUGGAAUGGAGUUAGAAUUUAAGAAACUUGCCAAUAUGAAGACACAAUCCAGCAAGUUUGUUAGUGCUAAUUUACCUGUAAACAAGUUUAAAAAUAGGCUAAUGAAUAUUCUUCCAUAUGAAGCAACAAGAGUUUGCUUACAACCCAUUAGAGGAGUAGAUGGUUCAGAUUAUAUAAAUGCCAGCUUCAUAGAUGGUUACAAAUAUCGUAAUGCUUAUAUAUCCACUCAAGGACCUCUACCAGAAACAACUGAAGAUUUCUGGCGUAUGUUGUGGGAACACAAUUCCAACAUUGUAGUCAUGCUUACCAAGUUAAAAGAAAUGGGAAGAGAAAAGUGUCAUCAGUAUUGGCCAAACGAACGAUCUCAAAGAUAUUUGUAUUAUGUGGUUGAUCCUAUCACUGAAUAUAAUAUGCCUCAGUACAUCUUACGAGAAUUCAAAGUAACAGAUGCCAGAGAUGGCCAGUCUAGAACUAUUAGGCAAUUCCACUUCACCGAUUGGCCAGAGCAAGGAGUCCCGAAGUCUGGGGAUGGCUUUAUCGAGUUUAUUGGUCAAGUACAUAAAACGAAAGAACAAUUUGGACAAGAGGGUCCAAUCACUGUGCACUGCAGUGCUGGUGUCGGUCGUAGUGGAGUAUUCAUAACUCUCAGCAUAGUACUUGAAAGAAUGCAAUAUGAAGGUGUAGUAGAUGUAUUCCAAACUGUUCGAACAUUAAGAACACAGCGCCCAGGCAUGGUUCAAACUGAGGAUCAAUACCAAUUCUGCUAUCGAGCAUCAUUAGAAUACUUAGGAUCAUUUGACCAUUAUACUAAUUGAGAACUUUUAAGUAACAGCAUUAAUAUAUAUUAUCUCUAACCAAAGCCUUGUCUCCUGCAUGCUGUCAUCAUGCUGAUCAAAAAAGAAGGUAUUAGCUUAAGAUGUCAAUGUGCACUAGACAUUUUUUCAUCAUCGAUAGAACAAAUUGGUGCUGAUUGUGCAAAAAAAAAUUUAUGGGGAAAACCAAACGACGUUAUGUUUAUUUCCGUGAUGUGCACGUGUACCCGAGAAACUUAUGUUUUGUGGAACCAACAGUCCCUGCAUGGUGGAUUUGUUUGUGGUACAUUGUUCCUUUAGCAAAUAUGGUAUACAUACAGCUUGUGUGGAGUUUUGAUUGAGUAUACACUACAUAUCCAAGCAUUACAGAAAAACUUAUGUUAUUGAGAGAACAUAUCAUAAUGUCUUUUACUUUCAUUUUCUGCCAUCCUAUUUAUUUCAUUACUGUAUCCUGUUUGUGGCUAAAGUAGCAUUCUUCAACAUAACCUUUGCUCAGAUAAACAGUACCAUAGUAUAUAUAUAUAUAAGUACUUUUAUAGUCAUUACAAUAGAGUUGAAAGCUCUUAUCACACUUGGUAAUAGGAGAAUUAUACAGAAUUCAUCUAAAGUGCAGCUAUUCCCAAACUAGUCACAAGACGUGUGGACCUGGUUUAAAUCAUGUGGAACAAGUUUUGCUUUUUAUACAUGUCACAUAUUGCUAUGGCCGACCUCCACCAACUUCUCCUCUACACCGAUUAGUUAUCCUUAUUGUAAUUUAAAAAGUUUUAAUAACAGAGUUAAAACCAAACUCUGUGCAUAGAAUUACCCCAUGUGAGUUAUCUCCAAGGCCUUAUCUGCUGUCUUAUCAGUUACUUUUUCACUUUAAAUCCAUACUGAAAUUGUCAGUUGAUAUUUCUCCCCAUGACCAAUUUGUACUGGCUCACCUCAACUAUUUUCGUUAAACUAAUGUUUUGGAAAGUUGGUGUUGGUUGUUCUCUUUAUGUUCAAUUCCAGGGUAUUUCUUUGCUGUUGUCAUCAAAUCAUUGUUUUGAAACAAUUUUCUUAUAGUGCAGUAAAAUUGGUAUUCAUUUCUUUUUUUUAUAUUAAAUUUUUACAUUUGAGUGCAUUUUUAACUUGAAAUUUAUAACUGUAUCAACGUUUGGAUCCUAUUUCCUCUCAGAAAUCCUAAUGAACUGUUACCAAGUCUAUUUUGUUAACUAUGUUAUCAAAUGGUUAUUUUGAUUCAAUCACCCUAAAUGUGCAGCUUAUGACUGGUGUAUAAAAUUCAAUUUUUUUAAUUUUAAAUUGUUAAAUUGAAAUGAGUAUUUAAAAAUAGAAAAGAAAUAUCUAAAAUUUAAAAAUGUAUCAACAUUUGGGUUCUAUUAUUAAGUGCUGUUCCUGUUACCAAGUAUGUUGAGAACUGUUAUUAUGAAACAGUUAUAUAAUUUAUAUUUAAAAACAACAUCAUGAAGCAUUGCUGCACUCCUCUUUGCACUGCCCCAGAUGUAAGCUUUUAAAUAUGUUUUCCUAACAAAUUUUUUACCAUGUGCAUCUCUAAUUUAGUUUUUUGCAUUUUUUUACUCUAUAACCUUUGUAAAAGAAAUCUAAAAAAGAAAUUUGAUAAUGAGUAAUAAAUUGAAUAUUUAGUGACAGAAUUCAUAUUAAUAAGAGAGUCAUUAACAUUAGAUGUUUGAUAUUGGAUUUAAGGUGCUUGUGAUGAUGAUUAUGAUAUUUAACCUGUACACUCCUGUCAUUGAUAUGAACUAAAUUUAGAAUUAUUGAUUUAAUAUUAAUCGUGUCUUGGUGGCGAAACAAUUAUGAGCUUUUUUGUAGCUAUUUUAUGAAAAAUAGAAUCAAAUUUUUUUUGUCUUUUAUUGAUUUAUCUAUUUCUUUUUUUAAAAAAAAAUUGGUGAAAAUUAUGUCUUAUUUUGUUCUACAUUUAGUCAAGCACUAGAUUUUAUUCUUUUAUUUUGUUGCAGUUUUAAAAUGCUAUAAUAUUGACUGAUCUCAUUGUUUAUUAAAAGUGAAUGUUAUAAAGAUAUAAUUUUCUUAGUAAAAUUCUAAACUUCAUCCAUCUGUAUUAUUAUUAGUUUGAAAAUAUUUUGUCAAAACAUAAAAUUGUAGGCCAACACUUAUUCGAAUUGAAUAUUGUGUAGACAAAACUUUCAAACUAAUAUUCAAAACUGCAUUCAUUUUUAUUUUAUAUUGAAAAUAUUUUCUCUAUUAUGUAUUAUUUUGUUACAUAUUUAAUUGAGUACUAGAUUUUAUGUUUUACAUUUCCUGCAUUUUUAGAACAAUAUAAAAUUGAUUGAUCUCAAUGUGUUGGAUCUCAGUGAAAUUUUAUACUGAAAUUGUCGUCAAUGCUUAUUUAGAUUUGAUGUUGUGAAGAUAAACAUUUUUAUGAAUUCUAAACUAGAUCCUUUUUGUUGUUUAUUCAGAAAUUAUUACUGAACCUCCUACUUAAAAUUUGAUCAAAGGCAGGUUUCAAAGUACUUAUUAGAUUGGUAUUAGACUUAAUUAUAUCUUAUGCAACCAUUUUUAAACCUUUAAAUCUAAUGAAAAUUUCUUAUUUUAUGUUCAUCAUUGUUAUCAUGUUGUGAAUUGGACUUAAUUUCCAUUUGUUUUUAAACACAUAUAUUCAGGCGAUGAAUUUUAUAACUCUUUUGCAUAGUUAAGGAUAAAAUUAAAUUUAUCCCAGUUAAAAAGAGUCAAUUUAUUAAAUGAACUAAAUUUUAUUUGUAAUUAUUUUACAUAAAUUUUAAUUACAUUAUGUAUUCUGCUUUUUUAUCAUUGAGGUUAAAUUAAUCCUGAAUAUGAAAAGUUUAGUUUAUCAGUUCAAUGAUUAAUAUUUUAUUGUCAAUUACUUAACAUAAAACUUAAUUGUAUUAUGUAUUCUGCUCAUCAUUGAGUGCUGUUUCAGUGUUUUUCAUACUUUCAUUGAAAACGGGUAUUAUUUCUACUUAAUUCCUCAUUAUCAUUGUGGUAAUCACUUGUGUAAAUAUUUUUCUUUCUUUUUUUUAAUUGCACUUGUUUGAAACCCUUGUCUAUGAAAUACUUUUGUCUCUAUAGAGUUCUAUACUUUUAAUAGCACUGAAAUGAAUUGAUCUGUAUAUAUUGUACAGUAUUGAAUAUAGUAUAUUCCUAUUGUGAGUAUUUUGGAAGUCUGUGUUUUUGUUUACUGUCUAGUAUGAGAGUUUAGUUUUUAUUAAUUAAGUGUAAAAUGAAAAGUGCAUUUUUCUCAAUAAAUGUAGUGGUUCUAAAAGUGCUUGAAAUAUAGAUAUUGUGAAUAAUUAUACCUACCACCACACUGUCCUCAUAUAAAUUAUUAAAAUGCAAAUAUAUAGACAUGGGUUAUCAGACUUUGCAACAAGCAAAUAAACAGAAAAAGAUUUGAAUAUUCAAACCCUGUUAUAAUGAAUUUUUUAAAAAAGAAUAAAUUAAUUGAGUUAACGAAAAAAAAAAUUCCCAACAUAAUAUGGAAAGGUAAAAAAUAGCAUAACCCUAUAUUUCUUCUAUGGAAUAAUUUUUUUUAAUCUAGUAUUAAGUGAAAAUAAAUAAUUAAAGUGCCCAAAAGUUUGUUUGCAUUCUAACUUCACGAUCAUACCAGAAAUACUGAUAACUUUUGAUGCAGAAUCUGCUAUAAUCUGAAAAAAUAAUGAGUUUUUUAUUUAAACUUUGUAAUUUAACUGUGGCAUUAGUUCAGUCCAUAAAAUCUGAAACUAACUUACAUCAAGUGAUUUGCUCUUUGUACCAUCAAUGUGAAAUAGUUUCUGUCAGUGUUUUUUUCUAACAUUAUUUUCACCUACAUCUUAUAUUUCCUUUGCUUAUUAAGUACAUCAUUUACCCUCUAAAUUAUUGCCAGUUGCACAUCUUUUCUCAGAUUCAUAGAAAUAAUUUUUUUUUUUUUUUACUAAAAAUUCUUGAAGCAUUUUGAACUAAAAGUUAAUUCCACCCAAAUUUAAAAAUAUAUGCACUAUAAUUUUUAAGAUACUGCUAAUAUAUUCAUGAAAAUAAAUUAAUAUUCACUGUGUUAUUGUUAGCUUUAAGAAAAAAAAUUAUUGAAACGAGUGUAAAUCUUGAAAAAUAUCAAUCCAUUAGUACAAUCCACUGUUAGCCAUUAAUUUUAUGCUGUUGUUUUGAACCAAAAAUUAUUUCCUUAAAGUUUUUGAACUAUCACUGACAGACAUCUUAAAACAAAUUAUUUGUCUUUGUUGCAUCUUUUUUAACAUUUCUAGUUUAUUGAACAUUUAUAAAGCUUUAAUAGAAAAUUAAAUAAUAACUCAUAAACAGUGUUUUCAACACAAACAUGAGCAUAAACAAAUGCUAUCCAUUUAAUUCACUGCUUUAGAAAACGUUAUCCAUACAAAAAUAAAGAAGCGUUUCCUACAUAAAAAUUUCUAUUAGCUCAAAAUUAUUUCUCAAAGUAAUCGUUUAUAUGAAAUUGUCUGGAAAUAAUGUCAAAACAAAAGUUUACUGUAAAGUUCAUUAUAAUGAGGUUUGACUGUAUAUUCAUAUAAAUAAAAAAAUAAUUAUUUUUCCCCCACUGCCAAUCAUGUUUUAUAACAUUUUAAGUUGUAUUCUUGACCAAGUAUAGGUAGCUUAUUUUUUAUGUUUGUUGUUGUGAUAAAAAGGAGGUAAACCCUUCAAAUUUUUGUUUUUACCAUAUAUGUUGUCUCUUUUCAAUUAUAGAGUAUUUUGAUAUAAUUGUUUUAUUUGUGAAUGACGCUGAUCUAUUGAUCUGUGAAAUUUUAUUCUGAUUAUACAUUUUUUUCUAGAUAUGCUAUGCAAAGUUAUGUAAUUUGUGUCAAGGCAUUCCAUACAUUUGUAUGCAGAUGUCGGGCUGUGUUAACUUCGUUGAUUUGUAUAAUAAUAAUUAAUCUGUAAAUUCUUGUAAUAAAGGCAGUAAUGUGUUUGUGACAA